AUGAGUUUCCAACCGCUUAACCCCCGUCCCUUCCUCCAGGCUCGCGUGGGCACCGAAGUCCUCAUCCGCCUCAAGUGGGGCCAGACCGAAUACAAGGGCACUCUCGAGAGCAUCGAUUCAUACAUGAACGUCCUGCUGCGCGACACACAAGAGUUUAUCGACGGCAAGCCGACUGGUGCAUUGGGCUUGGUUCUGAUUAGAUGCAACAACAUUCUCUGGAUGGGCUCGGCCAACGCAAUCGAGAUGACGGACAUGGAAUUUAAAUAA